UUCCAUCCUCUGUGAGGUGGACAUGACAAGGCCUAGCACUGGGAGUCAUUAGGCACCAGAACCCUGAAUGCCGAGAUAGAGGGAUCGCUGAUCUCAGGCUAAUGAGGUUUAGACCAUGUUGAGCCCUACUUUUGUUCCGUGGGAUGUUGGAUAUCCCUUAUACAUCUAUGGCUCCAUCUUCAUCAUUAUUCUAAUUAUCUGGCAAGUGAAAAGGAGCCACCAUAAAUUGAGUCCGGAGCCUAAAAGGAGCUGCUGCCGGUGUCACCAUAAAGUCAGGCAAAGAGCUAGAGGUGCAGCAUCAACAGCUAGGAGAUGUUCCCGGAAAGAAGCUGAGAAGGCACAGAAGCUGCUCUCCAUCAUUAAAAGCCAGGGCUGGCUUCCUCCAGAGGGAAGUGUGCGGCGAAUCCUGUGUGCAGAUCCCUGCUGCCAAAUCUGCAAUUCUGUGGCUCUGGAGAUUCAGCAAUUGCUGGCGGGUGAGAACAACCAGAUCUCCCUGACUUUAUCGGGGCCAUUGCAGGGCUCCUCUUGCCUAGAGACGCUGUCUAUGUCCAGUAUGUCUUUAGAUCAGAGUGUGGAAUUUCAUUCCUGGCACACCAGAGAGCUUUCACCGGCAUCUGUAACCCCAACACCGUCACAAUUAAUGGAUCAGAAAUCUUUAACCCAGUCAACUGCCCAGUCAACAUAUACACACGGCAUACGAGAUCACUGGGCUGAUCACCUCCGCCUAGGGCCGGAAUUUCAAGUGCCAGAUAUGCUCACGGGCCCAAACACAAUGGCUUCUUCAAGGCUUGAGAAGCUAAGGGCUCCACUGAACCAGGAGGAGAUGAUGCAGAGCAACCCCAGCUCUGUCCAGGGAAACCAAGGCCAGCAUCACUUGAAUUCCCAGGUCUCCUUGCUGUCCCUGAACCCAGAAACCCUGAACCUGAUGCAUCCGAUGGCCUCGCAUAUGGUCCUCCCUGCCCACCUGCCAUUUCACUGUCCUGAAGUGAUGAGGCUUCUUGACGUACAUGUUAAAAAAUGGAUGCAUUUCCAGAGGUGGGGGCUGCCCAGACGUGUGGAGGAGUCCCUGAGGCAGCUUAUGCCAAACCCACCAUUGUACCACCAACCUGGAAAUGACCAGCCAGUUUCUUUCAAACUGAAUAAUACUUCUCAGGUCUCUCUUCAUAGAUUUGAGACCAUUUCCCUCCAGACCUGGUGUUCAUGUGUGGCUGGCCAGCCCACCCAGACCUUCUGGGUUUCUGAAUGGUCCAUUAUGAACCCAGAACAAAGACACCACUGUCAGCAAAGUCCAAACCCUAUGGCUCUAGCCUUGCGCUCUCCAGCCCUUAAAGCCCUAAGUGGCCCCCAUCCACUGUCUGGGGGACAAGAUAAUGAGUCAGGGAGUGAUCUCCAGCAGAAAUACAGCCAGCAAUUCUGUGGGCUCCCUUCUCUGCACAGUGAGUCCCUGGUUGCCACUUUCAUGAGAUCUCAAGGCCGCCCCAAGAAAGAAAAAGUGCCCAAGCCCUCCUUGAAGGAUCCUUUUCUCUUCAAUGAGCUCUCCUUCCCCCAGCUGCUCCCUGAAACUUCACUCCAGUCAGCCCCACCCUCUUCCCCACUUUCCCCAAAUUGGGUGUCUCCAUCUGAACAUCAACGAGCUCAGAUCAAUGUCCCAUUUCUGACUCUGGCCGAGUAUGAAGCCUUGGAGUGGCACCUGCUACAGAGGCAACUCCAGCUUCAGUGGGGCUGGCCAGCUGCCCUCCAGAGGUCUCAGCACACCCAGUGCCUCAUGCAGCAUGAGCCCUGUGGCAAAGCUCAGCCUCCUGAGACCAUGACAGCUUCCCAGCCAGGGAAGUCCAUCUCAGUGCUUACCAGGGAACCACUCUUCUUCCCGGAGCAUGCCCGGAAGCUGCUGGAAUUCCACAUCCAGAAACAGUUGAUUCACCAUCGCUGGGGCCUGCCUCAGAAGAUCCAGCAGUCCAUCCAGUUGCUCCUUACCUCCACUGACCAGCAGACUGUGUCCUGCAGCAGCACAGCCCUAGCCAAUGUGAGCAUCCCCCAGACUGUAGCCCUAGAGGCCAACGGGGCUUGCGAUGUGCUGUCACCCACUGUGGCCCCAGUGUCCAUCCCCAUGCGACACUUGUUAACCCAGGCCAAGGCAAUACUGCAGAACCACAUCGACUCCAAAUGUGAACAGAUCCACCAGGGCAAGAUCCCUGCCUGUGUACAUAGGUCCUGGGACUGCAGAAUUUCUGGGGGCCUGGCAGUGGCUCCUUUAACCUGCAUUCCAGAAAGCCAGUUCCUGGUACUGCAGAGAGCAAGUGACCCAGACCUACAUCACAAAGUUAUGCCUUGGAUGCCAACGGCCCUUAAUCAGCAGCAACAGGCUUUACCAGGUGCUAUCACUGAACACCCUAAGCUGCUCCGAGUCUUGUCUAUGGAAGCCAUUGAGAAACUGGAGACAACUUUACGGCACAAGCAUCUGGCCUUCCUGUCGGGGCUGCCUGCUCUGUACUGUGUGGCGCUCCCCAGGGCCCUGGCCCCGGCAGUCACUAGCCAAUCUGUCAUCACAGAGAUGGUGCCUAGGCCUGUGGAGACGCUGCCUCUAGAAAGCCAGACACAUCCUGCUAGCCCCUACUCACUCCAGACACAUACCUUGACAAAACUAAACUUCCACCUGAGAAAAAAGGUCCUAGAGAUACAAUGGGGAAUUCCCAUUAGGGCAAGGAAGUCCAGGGAACAAACUGCUGCAACACCAGAGAACAAAUCCACACAGAAGUCUCUUGAAAGUCUAAACCACCAAGGGGAGACAUUGCUCCAGGAACUGCCCAUCCCACCAGACACCCUUCCUGCCCCUAAUCCAGAAGGGGUUCACCUUAAAGAACAGCUGGACAAAGACUUGAAGGCAGUGCAGCAGAACCAAAAGCAAUCUACUUCCAAAGCUGUACCCCAGGGUUCUGCCCACUCGGUCUCCAAGAUCUCACAACGCAGUGGGGACAUGACAAAGGCCCACAUGCUUUGUGUUCGGGUGGACGCCAAUGUGAACAACCCCAGCCUCGAGGAACCCUGGGGCCCUGAGCCCCAAAGCCCUGGCAAGAGCAAGGACCCAGCUCAUGUCCCCAGGCUAGCAGGAAAGAGAGAGGACCCAGAGGAAACCAAAGCAGCCAGGGACCACAGAGAAGGGGAUGCGGGGUUUGGGCGCUCCUCAACCAGAGAAGAGAGAUGCCCUGCUGAAGACCAGAGGCCAGCAGGGAUGCUUCCAAACAAGACACCCCGAGGGUCCUGGCGAUGGAGCCUUAGCUUUCAUCUUGCUGAUCCCUGUCAACACAGCCCCCAGCACCACCCUCAGCUUAAGCUCCCACAGCUACCUCCACGAGUCCCUGGGGAGAAAGAAUCUGACAGUGACCUGCAAGACAGUCAAGCCGAGCUAACUGUCAUCCUUGGACCAGCAACAAUUCCUAAGAAUGCCCAGACUGUGGUGCCCCAGGCUUCACAGGGUCAGCCUUUCCUGAGCCAACCAACUCAGGGUAAGCCUUUGCAGGGCCAAACUUUGCAAGGCCAGGUUUUGCAUGGGCUGGUGAUGCCAGCCCAUACUCAAAAGAAGCCCAGCCUUCCAGAAUCUAGCUUGACAAAUAAAAUUAAGUGUUUUCUGCAGCAUAUCAUCCCCAGGACAAAAGGCAGAGGGCAUGAGGACUCCAUGUUCUCAGCUGCUGCGAAGAUGGCCAAAACCAGAAAAGAAAAUGCUGCAAAGGUCCUGGCUCCAGCCAAGAGCCCUGUGGGGAGAAGUAAGACAGAGAAGCCGACAGGGUGCUCCAAGGCCCAAUCUCGUCCUGCUCAGAAGCUGGUGGGCCCAGCCUUCUUGGAUGGUCCCCAGUCCCUAGACAAUAAGCUCCGGCUACACUCCAGACAACCUGGCUCUGCCUCAGCCCUGGGCUACCCCCACCACUGCCCUCGUCACUGUCCUCGAGAGGCUUGUGCCACCAAACCAGGGCACCCAACCUAGUUCCUGACCCUCACCUCAGAUACAAACUAAAUUAGUCUGCUCAAGGGGAACACGCAGACUUUGGAUUCAACUAAUAUAAGGUCUUACUAUGCAUUAGCCACUCUCCUAGGCCCUGGAGUUACGGGACAGUGGAAAAUAUUCUGGUGGGAUGGAUGGUAAAUGUUC